AUGGCUGACAUUGAAGAAGUUGAUCAACCUAUUGAAACACAUGUUAUUCAUGAAAAUGAAGCAAAUGCAAUGGAACAAUGUAAUGAAGGUAAAGGUAAGGAUGAAAGUAUAUUGGGAAAGGUUUUCGAUACACCUGAUGAUGCAUAUACAUUUUAUAAUGAUUAUGCAUUUUUACAUGGAUUUGGUAUACGUAUUGAUGCCACAUUUAAACAUAAGACGACAAAGGAACCUUAUCGCAAGAUAUAUGUAUGCGACAAAGAAGGUUUUAAACGGUUAGACGAUAAUGCUUCAAGUGGAAUCGAGGAAAAACGUCGUAGAGAAGUUAGAAUCGAAUGUAAAGCAGAACUUCGAAUUUCAAAAAAUAAAGAUGGUAAAUGGUUUGUAGUCUCGUUUAAUGACACACACAAUCAUGAAUUGAGCAUGACACCAACGAAGGUGAUGAAGCAUAGAUCUCAUGCAAAGUUCCAUCGUUUAACGGAAUGCAAAUCUCUUAUGGUGGAACUAGGUCAAGCAGGAUUGAAACCUUGUCAAGUUAGAAAGGCUAUUAAUGCAAUGAAAACGUCAACCGUAGCUGAUGUUACUUCAAAGCAGUGUGCUGAUGUCUUAUCUGAGCAACGAAAACAAUACAAAGGAAAGGAGUUCUAUGGACUUAUAAAACAUUUUCAAGAUAAAGCCUUAGUGGAUAAUGACCAAUACUUUACUGUGGAUUUGUGUGAUGAUGGGAGUCCUAAAAAUAUUUUUUGGGCUGAUAGAAGAUCAAGAGACGCAUAUACUAAAUUUAGCGAUGUUGUUGUGUUUGAUGUCACUUAUAUGACAAACAAAUUCAAGAUGCCUUUUGCUCCCUUUGUUGGUGUUAAUCAUCAUGGGCAAUCUAUACUUUUUGGUGGAGCAUUGCUAGAAAACGAAAAAGAAGAAACUUCUGAAUGGUUAUUUGAGCAUUUCCUCAAAUGUAUGUUUGGCAAAUAUCUGAAGGCUAUUAUUACUGAUCAAGACAAAGCUAUUGGCAAUGCAAUAAAAAAAAGUAUUUCCAAAAACUCAGCAUCGUUUUUGUGCAUGGCAUAUUAA